AUGACACAAAAACAUAUUGAAUGGUUUUGGAAAUCCGAUGAUAAUCCAUUUUCAAACAUGGAAUCGUCUCAAUGGAAUCAAUAUUCGGAUGUUGAAAAUAUAAUUAUUGAAGAAGCAUUUACGACAUUGAAGAAACCCAAUGUUAUUCUUGAUGAUUAUCAUAUUGAUUUUGAACAUCGAGUUCAGAUUUCGAAUGAUGAUAAAAGUAAACAACGUCCGGUAAAGCGAGUAGAAAUGAAUAAAGAUGAAAGAUGCUUAAGAGAAGCACGUUUUAUGCCAAAUCCAUUAGUACCUACCCGUUCUUUUCAUGAGUUAGUUGGAUUUAAAAAGGUUUUUAUCGAUAGUUUCGUAGAAUCCUUCGAUCUUAAAUCUAUAAACGACUGGGAAAAACGAAAAUAUGAGAUAAUAGAGAAAGCAAUGUUGGGUAUUUUACAUGAAGGACAACUAGCCGGAAAACAACGUGAAGCUAAAUGGAUUAUUGAACAGUUAGAAAAAGUUAAAGAUAAAACAAAGACAGAGAUUGGCAAAUGUUGCAUUUAUCUUUAUUCACUUGAAUCAUUUCUCUAUAAAAUUCUUAAUCAAACAAUGCGUCUCAUAGGUGACAAAAAUCAUGAAAAUAUCUGGCAAAAUAAAAUAGAAACUCUUGGUCCUUUUGCUUUCCUUCUCUACUAUUAUUUAUCUUUCGAAAAUUUAAAUCACCGAACACAUACCACUGUAUAUCGAGGUGCCCAAUUGACUAAUGAAAUGAUUGCUGAAUAUCAACAUGUUGCUCGAAGUAAAGAUCCACGACGAUCAUUUCAAGCAUUUACAUCAUGUAGUCGAAAUCGUACAAAAGCCGAACAGUUUGGUAAUGCUUUAUUUAUUUUGAAUGCUGACAAACGUACUUCAUAUCGUACAUUGAACAUGGAUAUUUCUUCUCUAUCUGCUUAUCCAGAUGAAGAAGAAAUACUUAUACGACCGGGACGAUCUUUUAAAAUUGAACGUGUUGAAUUUGACAAGACGAAACAGAAACAUGUUAUCUAUUUAACAUUGAUAUCAACAAGCGAUACAAAUUAG